UUUAAACUGAAAACGUAGGAAACCACGAGCAUUCUGACUUUUAAAAAACUGAGUUUCUGUAAAGGUCUCAAAAAACUUUAAGAAAAAUGCCGGCACCAGAAACUGAGAUCGCACAGGGAAAACGCACCAAGACAUAUGUAGAGGAGGUGUACCGUCAAGUUCUAGCCAAGCCAGGUGUGGAGGACAUCCUGAUAAUGAACCACUCCGGUGUGCCGGUGAAAACCUCAAUGGAUCGCCAGGAGGGGCUGCAAUAUGCCUGUCUGUAUGACAAUCUGCGGGAGAAGUGCCAGGCGUUCCUGGCUAAAAUGGAGCCAGCCCAGACCCUGACAUUCCUGCGAGUGCGCACCAAAUACCACGAGGUUCUCAUCACCCCGGAUGCCAAGAUCACAGUUCUGGUGGUACAAAAUGCCAAGGAUAUCAGUAUCAAUAUGAUGAAAUAGUAACUAGCACAAGAGCGUUAUAAAUAAAGUUUUGAAUUGAGCAUUA